AGCGUUUACAUGAUACUGAAGCAAUAUUUAGUUUGCUGUGCACGCUUGCAGCUUCAACCAUUACCUAUCUAUAGUAAAUUUAUCCUUCGUUGUCCUUGUGACAUUAGUGGCAAUUCAAAAUAGUAGCCACAAAAAGGGCCUUUGCGAUAAUUCACUUUUCGAAAUAGUACUUUUGUCGUUAUUGGCUGCUCUAUUAGGAUCGUAUAAUCAAAUCCGCGUGAGAUCAUCGUUCUACAAGAUCGAUGAGCAUGUGUCUGGGAUCUAUUUAACAGUAAAGUUAUUGCACUGAAGUUUGUGUUUAUUAUCAUUUCUUGUUGACAACAUGGGAAUGGAGGGCGUUCUGAUGGCUCCAGCGGUUACAAAGCAGAGAAAGAUCGUUAUCAUCUGUAUGUUUCAUUAGCUUGUCCAUGGGCACAUCGUACACUCAUCACACGCAAGUUGAAAGGGCUAGAGGACGUCAUCUCAUACACCGUAGUUGAUUUUCUUAUGCCGAAGGAAGGAUGGCGCUUUAAUCCAGAGGUAGACAAGUGUGAAAAAGACCCCAUUUUUGAUGCAAAGUAUCUGAAAGAAAUAUACCAAAAGGUGUCACCGGGUUAUGAAGGACGAGUAUCUGUUCCAGUAUUAUUUGACAAGAAAACGAAUCAAAUAGUCAAUAACGAAUCGAGUGAAAUAAUACGAAUGUUUACGAAAGAGUUUGAUGAAUUUUGUGCUGAUGACCAAAAACGAGCAGUAGACAUUUACCCAGAAGAACUUCGGCCUCAAAUUGAUGCGAUUAAUGAAUGGGUUUUUCCGUUCAUCAAUAUCGGAGUUUACCGAUGCGGAUUCGCAAAGGAACAGGAAUCUUACGAUAAAGCAGUUGAAAAUUUAUUCGAACACUUGGAUAAAGCCGAACAAGUCUUAAGUAAAUCUCGAUAUCUCGUUGGGGAUCGUUUGACUGAAGCCGAUGUUCGUUUGUAUACAACUCUUGCCAGAUUUGAUCACGUCUAUCAUGGACAUUUCAAGUGCAACAAGAAACGAAUUAUAGAUUAUCCCAACUUAUGGGGAUUCUUAAGAGAUUUGUAUCAGACUCCUGGAUUUGCAGAAACGACGAAUUUUGAACAUAUUCGAAAACAUUACAUGAUGAGUCAUCUUCAUGUCAAUCCAUUCGGAAUAGUUCACAUGGGACCGAGUCUGGAUUUUAAUUCAUCCCAUGGACGAAACAAAAAAGAAAUCUGGAACAGUAGUGGAACGCACGCGGGAACUUUCUAAAAUUGAUCACAAUCAUUCCAUUUAUUCGGUAACAAGGAUAUCGGAAACAGAAAAUUGUAACUUUCCAAGAAGUUUUUUUAAUUUGUAAAAUUGUCAGUUUAAAUGAAUAAAAUAAACCUUGUUUUUCAUUUUUCAUCGUUUGGAGUAUGAAUAACCGUUUGUGCUCAUUACGUUCACUUUCAUGCAUAAAUAUUCUAAACAUAUUGUUUUGUGCUGUUUCAAUUCCAAUGGACGAAUUCGACAAACGUUUGAUAGUAAUUGUAAAUUUCUUAUUUAGAAUCCGACUAAUAGGGUUUAGGCUUUCGGUUUUUCAAUAUUUUCUGGUUUUGUUCCAUAUAGAAUUUUGAUAAAACAUGAUCGAAAUAUGAAUAUGAUUAAUACAAGUGAUGAUGCAAAUA